GUUUGCCAAGGAACAAAUAACAAGCUGACCCAGCUGGGGAACAUGGAGGACCAUUUCACCAGCCUGCAAAGGAUGUAUAACAAUUGUGAGGUGGUGCUUGGCAAUCUGGAGAUCACAUAUGUGACACACGAUCAUGAUCUUUCAUUCCUGAAGACCAUACAGGAGGUUGCAGGCUACGUGUUAAUAGCACUCAACAAUGUGGAUAGCAUUCCACUGGACAAUCUCCAGAUCAUCCGAGGAAACGUGCUUUUUGAGAACUUUUACGCACUGGCAAUUUUAUCCAAUUAUCACACAAAUAUAAAUAAAAUCAGUGGACUCAAGGAGCUGCCAAUGAAACGGUUAUCAGAAAUUCUUAAUGGAGGAGUUAAAAUCAGCAACAAUCCACAACUGUGCAACAUGCACACAGUUCUGUGGGACGACAUUAUUGAUUUGAACAAAAACGUUGUAAUGCUGUUGGAAGAUCAAAAUAAUCUGUCUAAUUGUUCCAAGUGUCAUGCAAAUUGUACAGAAGAUCAUUGUUGGGGUGCCGGCAUAGAGAACUGCCAGACAUUAACAAAAGUCAUCUGUGCCCAGCAAUGUUCAGGCCGAUGCAGAGGAAGGGUGCCCAAUGACUGUUGUCAUAACCAGUGUGCCGCUGGGUGUACAGGGCCUCGCGAGAGUGACUGCCUGGCAUGCCGCAAGUUUCGCGAUGAAGCAACGUGCAAGGAUACUUGUCCACCAUUAGAGCUGUACAACCCGACCACCUAUCAGAUGGAUGUCAACCCAGAUGGAAAAUACAGCUUUGGAGCCACUUGCGUGAAAGAAUGUCCACAUAACUAUGUGGUGACAGACCACGGCUCCUGUGUUCGCUCGUGUAAUGUCGAUUCCUACGAAGUGGAAGAAAACGGUGUUCGGAAAUGUAAAAAAUGUGACGGGCUGUGUAGCAAAGUCUGCAAUGGGAUUGGAAUAGGUGAACUGAAAGGGAUUCUCUCCAUAAAUGCUACAAAUAUUGACUCUUUCAAAAAUUGUACCAAGAUCAAUGGGGAUGUCAGCAUUCUACCAGUAGCAUUUCUAGGUGAUGCCUUCACCAAAACAGAACCACUGGACCCAAAGAAACUGGAUAUCUUCAAAACAGUAAAAGAAAUAUCAGGAUUUUUGUUGAUUCAAGACUGGCCUGCAAAUGACACAGAUCUCUAUGCUUUUGAAAAUCUGGAGAUUAUACGAGGCAGAACAAAGCAACAUGGUCAGUAUUCUCUUGCCAUUGUUAACCUAAAGAUACAAUCUCUGGGAUUGCGCUCCCUCAAGGAAAUAAGUGAUGGUGAUGUCGCCAUUAUGAAAAACAAGAACCUCUGCUAUGCUGAGACAAUGAACUGGAAUAAACUCUUUGUGACAGAAACUCAGAAAACAAAAAUCACAUCCAACAGAAAUCAAGACGAAUGCACUGCUGCGGAACAUGUUUGUGACCCCUUAUGCUCAGAAGUAGGCUGCUGGGGUCCAGGGCCAUUCCAUUGCUUUUCCUGUCGUCAUUUCAGUCGCCAGAGGGAAUGUGUGAAAAAAUGCAAUGUUAUGCAAGGGGAGCCAAGAGAAUUUGAAAGAGAAUCUGAAUGUCUUCAGUGUCACCCAGAAUGCCUGGUGCAAAAUUCAACUGCGUACAAUGCAACCUGCACAGGACCUGGUCCGGACAACUGCAUAAAGUGUGCCCACUAUAUAGAUGGCCCUCACUGUGUUAAAUCCUGCCCUGCUGGAAUUCUGGGUGAAAAUGAUACCUUAGUCUGGAAAUACGCAGAUGAAAAUUCAGUGUGUCAGCUCUGCCAUCUGAAUUGUACCCGUGGGUGCAAAGGACCAGGUCUUGAAGGCUGUCCAUUGGGCUCCAAAAUCCCAUCCAUUGCAGCUGGUGUUGUUGGAAGUAUCCUUUGUUUGGUUGUGAUAGCCUUGGUCAUAGGCCUUUACAUGCGCAGACGUCACAUUGUUAGAAAGCGUACAUUGCGCAGGCUGCUUCAGGAAAGGGAGCUCGUUGAACCUCUAACACCAAGUGGCGAGGCGCCAAACCAAGCUCUUCUGAGGAUUCUAAAGGAAACAGAAUUUAAAAAGGUCAAAGUUCUAGGCUCUGGAGCUUUUGGUACUGUUUAUAAGGGGCUCUGGAUUCCGGAAGGAGAGAAGGUUAAAAUUCCUGUUGCUAUUAAGGAAUUGAGAGAGGCUACCUCCCCAAAAGCCAACAAGGAAAUACUUGAUGAAGCUUAUGUGAUGGCUAGCGUUGACAAUCCCCAUGUGUGCCGCUUGCUGGGAAUCUGCCUUACUUCUACCGUCCAGCUUAUCACACAGCUUAUGCCUUAUGGCUGCCUCCUUGACUACAUUCGAGAGCACAAGGACAACAUUGGCUCCCAGUACCUUCUCAACUGGUGUGUGCAGAUUGCAAAGGGAAUGAGCUACUUGGAAGAACGUCGCUUGGUGCACCGUGAUCUGGCUGCCAGGAAUGUCCUUGUGAAGACUCCUCAACAUGUGAAGAUCACGGACUUCGGACUGGCAAAACUGCUUGGUGCUGAGGAAAAAGAGUACUAUGCAGAAGGAGGCAAAGUUCCUAUCAAAUGGAUGGCUUUGGAGUCCAUUUUACACAGAAUCUACACCCAUCAAAGUGAUGUCUGGAGUUAUGGUGUCACUGUUUGGGAAUUAAUGACAUUUGGAUCAAAACCGUAUGAUGGCAUCCCAGCCAGUGAAAUUUCAUCUGUCUUGGAGAAGGGCGAGCGUUUGCCUCAGCCUCCUAUCUGUACUAUUGAUGUCUAUAUGAUCAUGGUCAAAUGCUGGAUGAUAGAUGCAGACAGUCGCCCCAAGUUUCGUGAGCUGAUAUCAGAAUUCUCCAAAAUGGCUCGAGACCCUCAGCGCUAUCUUGUUAUACAGGGAGAUGAAAGAAUGCACUUGCCAAGCCCUACAGACUCCAAGUUUUAUCGGACCUUGAUGGAAGAGGAGGACAUGGAGGACAUUGUUGAUGCAGACGAGUACCUCAUUCCACACCAGGGAUUUUUCAACAGCCCCGCCACAUCCCGGACUCCCCUCUUGAGUUCAUUGAGUGCUACCAGCAACAAUUCAGCCACAACCUGCAUUGAUAGAAAUGGGCAGAGAUACCCCGUGAGGGAUGACAGCUUUGUCCAGCGCUACAGUUCAGAUCCAACUGGCAUCAUCUUGGAAGACAGCAUAGAUGAUGGCUUCCUGCCUGCUCCAGAAUAUGUCAAUCAGUCAAUCCCCAAAAAACCAUCGGCAUCUGUAGAACAGAAUCCAAUCUACAACAACAUCUCCCUCCCAGUAAACCCAAAGCCCUCUACAGCUUCAAGCUAUCAGAAUUCCUACAGCACAGCAGUGAACAACCCAGAGUAUCUCAACGCAAGCCAGUCUCCUUUUGUCAAAACGGUUUUUGAGAGCUCCCCCUACUGGGACCAAACAGCCAAUCACCAAAUAAAUCUGGACAAUCCUGACUACCAACAGGACUACUUUCCUAAGGAAACUAAGGCUAAUGGCAUCUUUAAAGUUCCUGCAGCAGAAAACCCUGAAUACUUAAGGGUAGCAGCACCAAAAAGUGAAUACAUUGAAGCCUCAGCAUGA